AUGUUGAAAGAGAGUAUGAUCGUUUGGUUGAAUCAGAUAUUUUAUAUCAGCAAUUGGGCAAGCCCUGUGGUACAUGUCCCUAAAUCUGAUGGAUCCAUACGAGUAUGUGGGGACUACAAGGCCAUUAAUGAACGCAUAGAAGAUGAUGUGUACAAAUUACCCAAUAUACAAGACAUGUUUGCAUUGCUGUCUCAAAAUGGGGCGAUUCCUGAUAUCUUUUCUGUCAUUGAUUUAGCCAGUGCUUUCAACCAAUUAUUUUUGGAUGAAGAGUCCUCUCAGCUACUAACAAUCAACACUAGAAAAGGUUUAUUUAGAUCCAAACGCCUGUGUUUUGGGGUAAAAACUGCAACUUCCCAAUUUCAACGCGUCAUGGAUUCUAUCCUGUCAGGUAAUAAGGGUGUGAUGGUGAGGGUUGACGACAUUCUAGUGGCAACAUCAGGUGGAGCCAACAAUCACAUGGAAGUGAUCAAACAGGUUUUUGGAAGACUGGCAAAGCACAAUGUUAAGGUGAAUGGCCUUAAGUGUUGA